AUGCGCCAGUACCACUCUUACAACCCUACUGCAGACAUGUCCACUCAAGAGGAUUCAUUCCGCAUUGGCGCAACGCAUGCUACCAAGCGCAGGAACCGCGACACUGUAAGUGAAGGAAUGAUCCAGGGAGGGGAUAAUGCAACAGGGGAAAGGAUAGCGUCACGUUCCGACAGAUGGGGUGUUGUAGAUUCUGCAACCUGCUCCUUCCGUGAAGAUGGUCAGGAGAGCGACGAGAGUGAUGCGUCUAGUCAUACACGAGGCCGCUCAGAGGCUUCCAGCACUACACUGGCAGCAUAUGAAGAUGACGGAAAGGAGAUUAGUGAGGGCGAAGGAGAUUCAGAUGAGAGCAUGGAGGAUUUCGAGAGCGACAAGGGUGAGGACGAAGAGAGUGAGACAUCUAGCCACACGGUGGGACGGAGCGAAGACUCAGACUCUGGAGAUGACGGCGGUGAUGAAGAUAGCGAUGAAGAGAUGGGCGAGUCUGAUGAUGAAGGCGAUGUGUUUGGGGAGAGUUAUAGGGAGGGUAGUAGGAAGUAG